AUGCGCGUUUAUGUCCACGUGCGCGAGAAGGUCAUUGCGCUGGAGUGUGGCGACGGCACACAGGAUGUGACGUGGCUUGGUAGCGCAGCAAUGGUGCACUACGACUCCUCCUUUGGGCGCAAGUAUGGGUCUCCGAAGUUCAUUCAAAAGGAGGGCGGGGUCAUGUGCGAUCCGAACGCCCGUGUAUGUGACGUGCUCGACGAUAACCAACACGUCUUUGCCGUCCUUGACAACAUUCAAGAGGAGUGA